AUGGCUGAAACCAACAAUCCGAAAGACUCGGUAAAUAAUGAUUCAACGCGUGGGUUGCCAUACUAUGAGAAGCUACGUAAAGAUUUACGUGAGACACUUCAAAAAAAGAGACUUCUAGACAAGAACAUGGCGGCUAUCGAAGACCAAAUAUAUCGCUACGAAUCAUCGUAUCUCGAAGAGACAUCAGCUGGCAAUAUAAUCAAAGGCUUUGACAAUUACAUUAAGGGUACAAGCACUGCUCCCACAGCAUCUUCUGCAAAUAACGUGGGUACGUCCUCGCGAAGAAAAGGCGGUACCAUGGAUGCGGACAGGAUCUUCAGUAGAAGUAGUGUCAGUUUCAUGCGAGAAGUCAGCCCUGGCCCAAGCGACAGCGGUAGAGAAACGCCACGCACAGAAGAGCCAACAGGAGGAAACAAGAACAAGAAGAAAAAGAGCAGUGCAGGAAAUACCGAUGGAGAUGAGGAUGAGAUCAAAGGCCCAAAGAGGCUCAAAAUCACUUAUGCCAGAGGCGGUGAAGGGGACUGA